GAGGAACCUCAAGCCGCAGCUUCUGCCAAGCGCAUGGGCAGUAGCGGUCUCUCCGUUUCCUCGGCGAGCGCAUGCGCGGUGCUGUCGGGCGGUGUCGGUUCCGGGUAAAGCAGCGAUAGGAGCGGCUGCAGGAGAUUCUUGACCAGGUCGGCCAUGGCGGCAGCAGCGGCGACAGCAGCCCCAGGCGGGGCGGGGGUUGUGCCGGGACCGGGAGCGCCGAAGCUGGGAGUGGAGACGGUGAAAGGGCAACUGUUCGACGUGGGGCCGCGCUACACGGACCUGCAGUACAUCGGCGAGGGGGCUUACGGCAUGGUCUGCUCUGCCUACGAUCAUGUCAACAAGAUCCGGGCUGCCAUAAAGAAGAUUAGUCCCUUUGAGCACCAGACGUACUGCCAGCGCACACUGCGAGAGAUCAAGAUCCUUUUGCGCUUCAAGCAUGAGAAUGUCAUCGGCAUCAAUGACAUCCUGCGUGCACCUACCAUCGACCAGAUGCGUGAUGUAUAUAUAGUUCAGGAUUUGAUGGAAACUGAUCUCUAUAAGCUGCUGAAGACCCAGCAGCUCAGCAAUGACCACAUCUGCUACUUUCUCUACCAGAUUCUCCGAGGGCUGAAAUACAUCCAUUCUGCCAAUGUGCUUCAUCGGGACCUGAAGCCCAGCAACCUUCUCAUCAACACCACGUGUGACCUGAAGAUCUGUGACUUUGGCCUGGCUCGGAUCGCAGACCCGGACCAUGACCACACAGGUUUCUUGACGGAGUACGUUGCUACUCGCUGGUAUCGAGCUCCUGAAAUCAUGCUUAAUUCCAAGGGCUACACCAAGUCUAUUGACAUAUGGUCUGUGGGCUGCAUCCUGGCUGAGAUGCUGUCAAACCGACCCAUCUUUCCUGGCAAGCACUACCUGGACCAGCUGAACCACAUCCUGGGUAUUCUGGGUUCCCCAUCUCAAGACGACUUGAACUGCAUCAUCAACAUGAAGGCUCGCAACUAUCUCCAGUCGCUGCCCCAAAAGCCCAAGGUUCCCUGGGCCAAACUGUUCCCUAAGGCUGAUCUCAAAGCUCUGGACCUGUUGGAUAAAAUGUUGACCUUUAACCCUAAUAAGCGCAUCACGGUGGAGGAGUCCCUUGCCCAUCCUUACCUAGAGCAGUACUACGACCCCUCAGAUGAGCCGGUGGCAGAGGAGCCUUUCACCUUUGACAUGGAGCUGGAUGACCUGCCCAAAGAGAAGCUGAAAGAGCUGAUAUUUGAGGAGACGGCACGGUUCCAGCCUGGCUACCAAGGGCCCUGAGGGGCUGUUCGGACCACUGGUCUCUGCUUCACCAGGAGAUGAUUUGGGACUGUACCCAGCUCCCCUACUGGAUUUUAGAGGGGAGCACAGGAUUCAGGGGGUACCAAUUUGGGGGUGCCCCUGUCGACUUGCUGUACAACUGCGCUUUGCUACGUGGCUGUGAACCCUGGUAACCCAUCUCUGGACCCCCUUAAUGUGAUGUGUCAGGGUGAGACCCUGGUGCCCAGGUUGGGGAAGGGGAGGGAAGUACCCUCCCCUACAGGAGGGAAAGGAAAUCGGUUUCCUCUGUCCUUUAACCCCUCCCUCAAAGAAAUUGAAGGGAGCGGAGUGUCAUCUCCUUUUUUUGGCAUUUUAUUGUCUUUGUUAACGAGUUAAUAAACUAAUGCUGAUUUUUUUAGCAGGGCCAUUUUCUGAUCCCUUGGGCAUUAUUAACAAAGGGAGUUGAACCUAAAUCCUGGCUCCUGGACUCUCCCUCUUGUAAUCCACAGAACCACAUGACUGUUCCAGAACUGGGAACAGAGCCCAAGGGUUCUGACUCCUCCCCCCCCCUACACUCCUUGAGAACUCACAGGAGUCCUGGUUCCUCCCUGCGCAAAUGGAGGGCAUGUAUGUGCUGGUUUUUUUGUCUGCUGGUUAGUGCCAUUUUUCAAACACCUUCCAUGCACAUCUCUAACCUUAACUCGUCACUGUGGGCAGCUGUUGUGCAGUGCAAGAUGAAGAUCUUUACAAAGCUUGAAAGGUGUGCCUGGUUGGAAGAGGGACAAAAUGUCUCCCCCUUCUGCUUCUGUGGCUGUGCAGAUGAAAAGGAAGGCUUUCAACUUCAUUUGCUUCCUCUCUUAAGGCGAGGUUUGUGGUUGUCUGCCUCUCCCCCCCCCCUUUCCAUUUCGCAUCUUGAUAAAUUGGGCAGUUGGGGUAUGUGAACCCUUUAACAUCCCUCAAGAAACCAAUUGGCCUCUGCAACAGCACUGCACUUUUGUCUUCUUGCUGCUACAAACUAACAUGGCUGCCCUCUUAAUUCCCCCUCCCUCCACUUUCAUCAAUGAUGUUCUUAAACAACGUGUGCAGAAUUUUUAACCCCCCCCCCCAUUUGCCUUGGUCAGAUCAAAGUCCAAAAAUGAUUAGGGGCCUGCAGCUAUGGGCAAACAUGAAUUUUACAAGGGAGGGGAAAGGCUGGGAAGAUGACGGACGAUCACAUCUUGUGUGUCCUGAGGGGACAACCCAGUUGCCCCGUAACAACCAAACUCUCGAGGGGAGGAGGUAUUUUGGAUAAGCGAGCACUAAACCAGGAACAAGCAGCUAGACUGGUGUCUGCUGAAAGUAUUGGGAAUGAAGCAACCUUGGUUGAAGGCAAAGCUUUUGGGAGUGAGCACUACUUUUUAGAUGGACUAACUUAUGGAUUUUAAGCCCUCCCAUCUCUGUGUGUGCCAUUUUGGGGAGGGGGGUACCAGUUUGGAUGAGGAAGAACUGCCAGAACCUUCGGGUUCCCAAAGACAGAAAUUUUGCAAGCAGAAAAACAGGAAUGUGGAUUUUGUCUGUUUGUUUGUUUCCUUAGCUAUCUAGUUGAGUGAGGAGGAAGUCUCUGUUCAGACAAUGUUGCCUGUUUGUCCAUCCACGAUGGCAUGCUAAUUGGGCUUCCUCCUGGGGCGUGUAAUACUAUGAGGGAACUUGGAUUGAAGGGAAAUAAUGCCUCCCCCUCCUGCUUUGAAUUGUAUAAAAAGACCCUGAAAUAAAUCAUUCCUUUAUUCCUUCAA